AUGGUGAAAACUGACGCGAGUCCAUUAAGCGCAAUUGGCUUUGAUCUGUUUUAUAUGAGGGUCAGAAGACGAAAACCUCAUUACCUAACGCUGCUGGAUGUCAACAUCGAUGGGCUGGAGGAGAAGCUGGCGCUCUGCAGACAGAGCAUGGAAGAGGUGGAUCUUAAACUGCGCAGGGAGAAGCUCAGCCCUGAAGGAAGAAAGUCACUGGAGAGAGAGAGAAACUUACUAAUGACCAAAGCUGACAACUAUGAAAAAGAACUGAGCGUGCUUCGUAAGGAAAAUCGCAAGAACGCUGCCCUUGCUGUGGCCAUGGGGUUACUGAUUGCUCUUAUAUACACCUGCUGGACGAUGUGAUUGCACUCCAAAAUUCUCCCUGCUCACCAAAUGACUCUCCUGCAAGGAGCUCUUCCUUUUCUCACCAAUGUGCCUCCCUCCCAAGGGUGGGAAAGAGCAUUUCAAACUGUUCUUGUUUGUCCUCCCCAAGCCUCAUUGCAAGGACACUUUCUCUUCAAGAACUGAGGGGCUGGGAGGCAAACUAGAAAUCGAAGCACACCUGUGAUCAGAAAGCAGGUCAAUGCAGGGCUCAAGGUGGAGCUCUCUUAUCCAAUAUGCAGUGAAGACCCUCCUGGCUGAUGCAGGAAUGGAGUAUUUUCUUCAUUUUAGAAGAGGACCUCUCUGGGUUGCAGACAAGUGCUCUCUGGGCCACCUUCUUGGUUCCCGUGCCCCAGCAAUAAGCUGAAGGGACCAAGUUCUCUGGAUCAAAGGGAAACCUGGAUAUUGUGCCCUCCAACACACAUAUAUAUGCCCUGAGCUGAUGCUAAAUAGAGACAGUUUCCUCCUCCACACAAACUUACAGGACCAGAGGAAUCCUACCUCCACAAAAUCAGAUGGGAGAUGGGCAUCUCUUUCUGCAAGCAGGUAGCAGCCAGCUUGAGAUCUUGGUGCUUGGAUUUUGAAAGAUCUGCCUACCUCUCUUGUGCAUCAGAGCUUGUUAACCAUUCUGUGCCUCCAAGAAUCAGCACUUGCAGAAGAGAGUUUGCUAUCAACUCCCAGGGAUGAAAGUGCCUCUGUAGGGUUUUAAAUAAAAUAAUUAGACCUAGUA